AUGGAGACCCUCUUUAUGAAGAGGACCCGUGCUGGAGAGUUCCCUUCGCACCCCUCUGACCAGUUUGGGACAUUUAUUAAAGAAGAGACUGAAGACAUGAAGAUUGAAGAAACAUUCAGUAUGAAACAUGAAGAAACUGAGGAACAAACAGACCUGAUGGCACUGAAAGAAUCGACUCAUGAACUUAAUGAAAGGGAAGAAGAGAAAAAACAUUACAAUAAACAUCCUGAUUUCAUGAUUGGAGAAAGAUUGACACAGGCUAAAAAGUGUUCCUCACAAAAAAAAGCUCAAAAGACAGGAACUAAAAGUCAUUUCACCUGCCAACAGUGUGGAAAGAGUUUUGACCAACAUAGAAACCUUCAAGUCCACACGAGAAUUCACACUGGUGAAAAGCCUUUCACCUGUCAAGAGUGUGGACAGAGUUUCACUGUAAAAGGAAACCUUAUAGUCCACAUGAGAAAUCACACUGGAGAGAGUCCAUUCACCUGUGAACAGUGUGGAAAGAGUAUCAGUGGAAAAGGAAACCUUGAAAUCCACAUGAGAAUUCACACUGGAGAGAAACCUUUCGUCUGCCAGCAAUGUGGACAGAGUUUUACACAUACAGGAAACCUUAAAGUCCACAUGAGAACUCACACUGGAGAAAAGCCUUACACCUGCACUCUGUGCGGGAAUGGCUUCACACGGGAACGAAACCUUAGGAAACACAUGAAUAUUCACACUGGAGAGAAGCCUUUUACAUGUGAUCACUGCUGAAAGAGUUUCAGAUUUAAAGGUGACAUUAAGGUCCACAUGAGGAUUCACUCGAAAGAGAACGGUUUUAGGAGUCAUACCUGUGGAAAGAGCAGAGGUGUAAAGAGUACCUGAAAACCAUAUUUGAGUAAAAGUACAGAUACCUUACAGCAAAAAAUGACUCCCAUUACAAGUUAAAAGUGACAAAUUCUAAUACAACUUGUGUAAAAAAUCUUGGUGUAUCUGAUUUUAACAUUACUUAAUUAUUUUACUCAUGCUAAAUGUAGGCUCAGAGAUGCACUAGUCUUCGAUACCUGAGAGAAAUGCCAGUAAAAAUAAACAAUUGAUUUGAUUGAUGAGAAAUCAUGUUUAUUUUCUAAAAUCAAAAUAAAACUGAACACCUCAACAUUGUAAUAAAUCAACAGUCUACAAAAAGUCUCAGUUAAGCGCAAGUGUCCAAAAAUGCCACAAGUAAACCAAUAUCCUUCAUAAAGGUCUUGUCAAUACAGUGGAUAAAUAAAAUAAUGUUAAGUAGUUACAGUCAACUUGCUCUGGAUGUGUUGGUUUCUGUCAGAGCCGGGACUAGAACUCAGGUCUCCAGCGUGAGAGUCAGACUCCCAAUCCUUGAGCCAAUGGAAAAUGGUGAAUGCAACACUAAGACAUACUUUGGAGAAGUUGAGAUGCAGAAUAAGUUUUUAAUAAAAGUUCAA